AUGAACACCACAGCACCUCCCCUUUCUGGCUCUGUGACCCGGCAGCGAACGUCUACGCUUCGACGCUCCUGUGAGGCCUGCAGGACAGUUAAGGCCAAAUGUAUCAUUGAGGUGGCAGAAGCCACGGACCAGUCCCGAUGUUGCAAGAGUCGCACUCGGGUGAGGGAUGUCGAAGAGAAGCUUGAUGGCUUGAUUGCCCUGAUAGCUGCAAGGAAGGCGACAGCUGCCCAGGAUGCUGUCACUGCUCUGGAGCCUGUCCAGUUGGCAUCGCCGCCAGACCUCCUUGCUUCUGCUGCCGAAAUGUUUUUUACGGCUCCCAAGACACAGCUGCCUCUAUUUUCACAACCAUUCUUUUAUCCCUCGCCAUCACCAGUGAAAUAUACGGGUAUCUCUUUGACCGAUUUUCCGGAACGAACUAUAACCCUCUCGACAGCCAACACUAUGCCAGUUUCACUGAGCAACGAUGUCAUUAAUCGAAAUAUCAUCAAAGAAGAGAAGGCCCAAUCACUUCUGUCAGAGUACACUGUGAACUGUGAACAGCAGUUUCCCUUUGUACUCCUCCCACCGUUUGUGACUCUCAGCCACAUGAGACGGGAGCGACCUUUUGUUCUCUUGGCAGUACUCACUGUUGGUGCCGAGACUCAUCUUCAGGCACGAUUGGCCCUUGAAUUUCGGAAAGGCCUUGCACAAUCCUUGAUCGUAGAGUCUAAGACCGGUCUCGACCUGUUGCAAGGCUUGCUUAUCUUCUGCACAUGGCACCAUCUGUAUUUCAAACCAUCCAGCAGCCAGUUGUAUCAGCUCUCGCAGAUCGCUGUAACCAUGGCCGUCGAUCUAGAUCUGGAAAACUCCCUAUCAAUAUGCCAAGCAGAUAUUUUGCCAAGAAUGCGAGGCUCGGAUUCUCAAUCCUCGACAGGGAGUAAACGCAACCCGGCCAUAGGCUACCGCGACGAAAUCGAACGUGCACGCACCUUCAUUGGAACCUAUUGCAUGUCAGCGAGCGUUGCCAUAGCACGCCGGAAGCCAACUCACUUUAAGUUUGACGAUCGAGUUGAUCGAGUAUCUCAGAUACUAGCGACCAGUAGAGAAGUACCGUCGGAUGUACAUCUUCUGCUACACCAUGUGAACAUUCGCAAGUUGACGGAGGACGUACAUCGUGUCUUCAAUAUCAGCAACCCGAACGACAAUGCAAUCAUGGACGAGAAAUACAUCGACACAAUGGUCAAGGAUUUUGAGCGCCAGUAUGCGUGUAUAAGGGACUCGAUGUCGAGUGAGGCCUGGGACAAUGCUUCCCUCAAAUGCGCCGUGACGUAUUUGCCGGCUGUCAUUUACGAAGUUGGCUUGAAGGUGCCGUCUAGUCACCGGCCCAUCAGUCGAUCAUCGUCAGCUGCUCCAUGCUGCAACUGGUGUAUAUCGCCGACCCGAUUGGCCAUUGUUAUGAAAUGCAUUCACGCCACCCAAAACUUUAUCACCACCCUUCUCGAACUCCCGAAUCCCGUCUUUAGGCAUUGUACCACAGAGGAAGUAAGUCACCAUCUCGAUGCUGUCUUCCUUCUUGCGCGGGCAAGUAUGGGACACGUGGGUAUAGGAAAAGUCAACCUAUUUGCAGCGGCCGAUCUAGAGCGGUAUCUGGAAGCCUCGGAACAAAAGAUGGCCUCAAUGAUGGCAUUCACAAUGUCCCAUGAUGGGACCGACGUUGCGGAGAAAAACAAAGAUGCUUUCUGGAAGCUGCGGGAGAUUUACCAGUUCUGCCUUGCCUGGUAUCGCGCCCAUGUGCGCGACAAGCAAGAUGCUGUCGAUCUGAAAGACAGGUCCUGUCACGAUGGCAAAUCGAGUCAGCGAAUGUCGUCCGCGUAUCUGCUCUCAAAAGAAUUUGCUGUAUCUGAUAAAACUACGGUCAGGGACGGCCAGGAUAAAGGAUUCGUACAACAUCCCGCACUGGAGGCUCGAUUAAACAAGGACGCGGAGAGCCUGCUGGUGGAACUCAACGUGUGUGAGAAGUCGAUGGCUAUGAUCUCGGCGUCAUGUCCAGGACCAGUAUCGACAUCUACUUCUGGAGACGUAUCUCUGUCCGAUUCGGUGUCCCAAUCAGAGUCGGCAACAGGAUCAGGGCCUGGAACGGACUGGGAAGAAACCGAACCAGACUUUGACUCGGCGCUGGCAGACGGCUUUGGCAUGGUUCCCGAUGUUUAUGAGCCCACAGCCGACGCCGACCCUUGGAGUUCCAUGAUGCAGGCAUCACCCCCAUCGCCUUGGUUUACUUUGUGA